CCCGGUGUGUGUGUGUGUGUGUGUGUGGAGAGAGGUUCCCCUUUGCCCUGGGGCAGCGGCGGUCGCUGCGGAGAGUCAGGCGGGGAUCGGGCUCGGGCUCCAGCGCACCCCGGGCCAUGCCCUGCUGCAGCCGCGGCAGCAAGAGCAGCUCGCUGGCCGCCCGCUGCCCCGAGGGGACCCCCCGUAGCGGGCUUUGCCCGGCGCGAGGAUGAGGAAAAGCCGCGUGCAGCGGAUGGUCCUGGCCACUUGUCUGGGCUCUUUCCUCCUGGUGAUUUUCUACUUCCAAAGCAGCCUGAACCCAGCUGCAGAGGAUAGGAUCCUGGGGACCAGCUGGCACGGGAAGUCAGGCCGAAGUCCACUCCAGGCACUUUACGACAGUGACCAGUUCGAGCAGUCAUCACUGCAGGCCACUCACCAGCAGAGGCGGGACCUGCUGAGCAGCGUUUGCAGCCGCUACACCCGCAAGCGGCGCCUCCUGACGCCUGAUGACUUGCGCCACCUGGUGGUGGAUGACGUGCAUGGGCUGCUCUACUGCUACGUGCCCAAGGUGGCCUGCACCAACUGGAAGCGAGUCAUGAUGGUUCUGACUGGACAGGGCAAGUAUCGGGACCCUCUGGAAAUCCCAGCCAAUGAGGCCCAUGUCUCGUCCAACCUGCGCACCCUCUCCGAGUACAGCACUCCCGAGAUCAACCAUCGCCUGCGCAACUACCUCAAGUUCAUCUUUGUGCGGGAACCCUUCGAGCGCUUGGUCUCGGCCUACCGCAACAAGUUCACCCGCCACUACAACACGGCCUUCCACAAGCGCUACGGCACUAAGAUCAUCCGUCGGCACCGUCAGGAGCCCAGCAACGAAGCCCUGGAGCGUGGUGAUGACGUGCGCUUCGAGGAGUUCGUCUACUACCUGCUGGACCCGCGCACACAACACGAGGAGCCCUUCAACGAGCACUGGGAGCGGGUGCACUCGCUGUGCCACCCCUGUAUCAUUCACUACGAUGUGGUGGGCAAGUACGAGACACUGGCCGAGGACGCCAACUAUGUCCUGCAGCUGGUAGGGGCAGACGCCAGUGUCAAGUUCCCCUCUUCCUCCAAGACCACCAGGACCACAGACGACAUGACAGCCCAGUUUUUUGAGGACAUCAGCCCCUUCUACCAAAGGAAACUCUUUAAUUUAUACAAAAUGGAUUACUUGCUCUUCAACUACUCAAUCCCAUCAUACCUGCGCCUCCGAUGAGGGUGGUGGUAGGGGGGCCCUAGAGAACUGGGGGCCUCACCCGUUCUUAGCUACUCAAGGCACCUCCCACCUUCCCCCACAUCCUCGCUGUUUGGUUAAUUCCUUUCCUCUCUGCCUCUCCAUUCCACUUCAAGCACGUGCGUCACAUGCCGAUGCCCUCAUUGGGACUGACCAUGUGGCGAGAGGCUGCCUUGUUGAUUAGCACGUGGAACGCUUGGGCCGAAGCACCCUUAGCCCAUUUCAGUGCCUGCGGUUGAUUGUUCACAGAAGCAGGCUGCUAUUGUUUAAACGUUCAACUUUUGUGUUUCCUUUAGAUGCUAAGAGAAUUCACUGCAGAUCUGAAUCUCGGGAAGGCUGCUUAUUGGGGUAGGCUCCCUUCACGGCCUGUCCCAUUAACUGGGUUGUUUGCAGCCCUAUCACAAGAGGGAUCUCAACCUUUGAUGGGCACAGGGAAGAGGACUGUCAGAAUUUUGCAGAGGAUGAUGAGAAAAGCAAUAAUUUAAUGUGUAUUCUUUUCUUUGUUCUUCUCCCUUCCCCCAAGCUGCCCCCUUUCCCAUUGAUUGAGGAAGGGGGAAUGUGAGCCAUCGAUGUCUUCUUGUGAUCUAGUAUUUCUCUGUGGCAAAGCCUGUUUUUAUCGCUUCUCCACUCACGCUCAGUUGGGAUUUUAAAUACUUUGUUUUAUGUAUGUAUAGAAAGAGAAGGACAGAUUCAUAAUUGUAAAUCGAUGAAGCUGUAUUGAUUUCAGUGGAACUGCACUGAUUGACACCAGCAGAAGAUUUGGCCUAGAUAUUUUGUGUGUGUGUGUGUAUGUGUGUGUGUGUGUGUGUGUGUGUCCUGAUCAAAUAUGGUAAUUAAAGACUCCAUGACCCUUGUGUGUAAGAGUAGGUGUCAACUGCUCUUUGGGGCAGGGACUGUUUUAUUUUCCAUCUGUUUGAGGUCCCAUUGUGUUAGGUGCUGUAUAGUCUGGUUGCCCUCUAAGGACUACCACCAUAUAAAUGUUCAAUAGUAAUAAUCCUUGUGUCUUGGCCAAAUUCCAGUUUGGCUGCUUAAAUGUGGCCUACCGAAUAUGCUUCUUCACCUCCUGCCAUACGGUGUAGCUGUAUGCUGUUAAACAGCUGCUGCUUCUCACUCCAGAGGUGGCUGCAUUUCACUGCUGGAUCAAACAAUUCCCAGGCAUAGUUUGUGUAUCAGUUUGUUUGUAAAGCACUUUGGGAGGGGAUGCACUAUAGAAAUGGGAGAUAACUAUAGUUAUGAAAAGAUGACGCAGACUUCUGGAAAGUGUGGGGGGAAGAGAGAGAGAGUCUGUGUUUGUGUGUAUGAGAACAAAACAGAAACAGGGUCACCUCUGGAAAGUUGUUGGCUGGCUGGCUUUGGACAAUUCAUUACUUGAAGAAGAAAUAAGAAAACCUAGGAUUUUAAAUUCCAACCAGUCCAGACAGAUGGAUUUCCUUAGACAAAACAGCACUUCAGUCUUUACUCUGUUAAAUUCAGCUUUGGUUCUGCAUAUAGAGCAUCUCCUCUGUAAGUAAACGUGCUGAUAGCAGAAUUACUGUACAGUGUGUCUGCCGAGUCUAUUGUGAAUACUUGAUUUAGUGCAAUACAGUGGCAAGGUUUUUAUAAAA